AUGGGCUCAACCAAAGAAUCCUACGAACCCUUCUUCGCCGACGUCCUCUCAAACCCACUCACGCCGCCAAUCCACGCAAUCUGGGCUCCCGACAUCGCCAACCAUGGGCAAUCCUUCCAGGUCAACGAGGACGAGAUAGGCGAUGAACAUCACUGGUUUGACAGGGCGCACGACAUCAUGACAAAGCUGGGGCUGCGAGCACCUCCUGCUUCCCGCAGCUUGGCACCCGCGCAUUUUCCACGGCAUCGUGCUCAUGGAACACGUGCUGGAGACGGGAUAUCACUUGAAGAGCUGAAAGCGCUAGGUGUUCCCGAGCAAGGGCUGGUGCGGAGUACGAACAUAGGGUUCUCCGUAGCUCUGAUGCGCGACCGGUGGGAGAGCCGCGAAGCAGCGGAGAGGCACAUGCGCAGGUCCAAAUACUAUUCGCAGUUCGACCCGCGCGUGCUAGCUCAGACGCUGCGGUAUGAAUUCCGCGAUAUGCCCGAUGGAAGCGUGAAGCUUGCGACACCUAGAUAUCAGCAGGCGCAGCUGUUCAUGCGCGCUGCGCCGCCAAUGAAAGGUUAUCCCGUCAGGGAAGACUAUGCGACGAGGGCCCAGGAGAGUCUUAUCGCACCGGGCUUCUAUAGGGGUGAGCCGGCGAAGAUAAAGGAAUACCUGCCGGGGAUUCAUUGUAAAACAUUGUAUGUGUGGACAGCAGAGGACAAAAGUAUGCUAAGCACAGAGUCCUAUCGAAGCCGGGUUGUUGGCAAGACAGGCACGGGUCUUGGUGGGGCCGGAGGCGAAGGGACAGGCCAGGUUAAAGAGGUGUUUGUGGCGGCGGAGGCGCACGCUCUGCCGUUUCUUGAACCUAGGGGGACGGCUGGAGUAGUUGCAACGUGGCUGGGCGAAGAGCUCAAGCCGUCGUGA